AUGGCAAAGUUAGACGGAGUUAGGCUAAGUAGGGACAAUGGGAGCAGAAGUACGGCGAAGUUAGACGGAGUUAGGCGAAGUAGGGACAAUGGGAGCAGAAGUACGGCGAAGUUAGACGGAGUUAGGCGAAGUAGGGACAAUGGGAGCAGAAGUGCGGCGAUGUUAGGCGGAGUUAGUCGAAGGAGGAAGAGGAUGGCCGAGGGCUCGGGGAAGUUGGACGAAUUGUUCGACGCCCGUGACAGUAUCAAGGAUCGCUCUUACCGACGACCCGUGCGAACCUCGGAGAAGUACGAAGAUUCUAUGGAACCAGAUAGGAGAGUUACGCGAGGUAUGAGUAGGGACGGAGACAGGAUGGAGGAGAACGAGAGGAGGGCACUGGAGGAGCUUAGCAGAGCGAUGGGGCAGCAGCUUGGAGUGGAGGAUAGUGUGGGGGGAUCAAUUCAAGGAGAUGAGUUCGCUCCACCAUUACCUUCUAAUCCUCCUACACCUUCGGGUAAUGCCCUCCCACCUAUAGGAUCCCCAGUUGGAUCGGAUCAGACCCCGCGGCCAGAAAACACUGGAAGUACGGCGGACUUGAGAGAAGAAGGUACACAAGGGGUGAUAUUGGCCUUGAUGCAGAUGGUGGCGAAUAUGAACAAAGACAUGAUGGAAGAGAGAAGGCGUAGGGAGGAGUGGGAGCAGAGAAGAGAAAGGGAGACGUUAGCCGAGGUUUGUCGACCGUCGUAUCAAGGAUCGCACUUACCGACGACCCGUGCAAACCUCGGAGAAGUUCGAGAUUGUAUGCAGCCAGAGAGGAGAAUUACAAGAAGUAUGAGUAGACCGGGAGAAACAGUAGAGGAGACGGAGAGGAGGAUGUUAGAGGAAUUAAGACAAAGCUUGGGACCAUUGCCUGGUGCAAUUGAUACCCCCGAAGGAUCAACUCAAGGCGAUGAUUUCUAUCCACCCCUACCUUUUGAACCACCUCCCCAGCAGACCGGACUACCAGAACCACCAGCGGUGAGGACAGGUUCCGAAGGUUCGGGACAGACCCCACGACCAAGGGAAGGGAGCACAGGAGGUAGGCUAAGUUCGGCCGGGAGCGAAGUAGUAGGAGGAACUGAGGAGGAGGCCACAACACAGAAGAUGAUGCUGGCGAUAAUGAACAUGAUGAUGGAGAUGAAUAAGGAUAUGAUAGCAGAAAGGAAACGUCGAGAGGAGCAGGAGAAGAAGAAGGAACAGGAGACGGUUGGGGGAAUAGUCGAGGGCGUGCAGCCUAGAGGCACGAACGGGGGAAGGGCGAUACCAACGGAUGUAGACGAACUAAAUCGUCGUUGGCCGAGACCCAGUGCUGAUGAGGUUUUAAAGCGUCGAGAGGAAGGGAAGUGUACUGGGUGUGGAGAGAGAGGGCAUUACAACCGGGAUUGUCCUGUAAUAGCGGCGAAGGUAAAAGCAGGGAUCAUCCCCUUGCGAUCUUUUGGGCAAAAUGCUGGGGGAGAAGGGAGAUUUAGCACGGGGGGGAACGCCGUUCCUCUUGGGGACAGGAAGAAGAUCAAUGCAGUCGGGAGGGAGGAAGCAGGCGUUGGAGAGCGGGGGAUGGACGAGGAGGAAAAAGAUGGGGACCCGUCGCGAUAG